GGCUACCAUCAGGGAACUACUACGUCAUAGACACAGACUAUGACAACUACUCCAUCGUGUACUCGUGUUCUGACGUAUAUGGAUUCACGCACGUUGAACUGGCUUGGAUUAUGUCCAGAGAGAGAAAUGGUGUGACCCGCCGCCAGAGGUCAAAGUUGUACAGCCGAUUAUCAAGUCUGGGGAUCGACACUACUCAGUUCAUCGAGUCCGACCAGACCGGAUGUGACGCAUAAUCACGUGGUUUACAUCCCACGGCGUUGAAGUUCAAUUAUUCCUACAAAUGUCACUGUAGAUCACUUCUGUGUAUUUCCCUUCGGAAAUAUACACAAAUAUAGAUAUAGUAAAG